CAGAAGGUAAGAAACAAGUCUAUUCCGGACUUCCAAUGCCUUGUUUUUUUAUUUUCAUAUACACAUUAUUGUUAAAAAAUGAUAAUAAUUAGUAGAUUUUUAAUUAAUUUAACUAUACCAAGGGCUAAAAGCAUUUUCUUUAUUUUGAUUUUCUAGAUAUGUUGAUGUUGGCACACAGUUGAUGUUGGCACACAAGGUAUAAUCAGCAAUGGAGGUGUGUGGAACAAAUGCAACUUAAAGGAGCUUAUAGAUGUAAAUGCUCUUGACAUACCUCCAGCUCAUCCGCUUCCAGGUCAAGACAUAUUCACUCCAUAUGUUUUCCUUAGCUGAUGAGGCUUUUGGGCUUGAAACCAUAUAUCAUCAAACCUUAUGGUGGAAAUGAUUUGACUCUGGAAGAACAGAUAUGCAAUUACAGAAUUUCACGUGGCCACCAAGUAAUGGAGACAGCUUUCAGAAUUUUUUCAAACAGACUACGAGUGUUCCUGAAUCCCAUACUGUUGCAGCCAGACAAAGAGCGCACAUUAGUACUUGCUGGUUGUGCGCUUCACAACUUUUUAAAGAGCCAUGAAAACACAGUAUCAUGGCCAGUCAAUUAUGUGGACAGAAAAGAUGUGAAAAUCAGUAUCACUGUGCCUGGUGCAUGGAAAAAUGAGAUUUCUGUACAGCCCUGGACAGAUAUACAUCUUCCACAAGUGGCAACCACCUACUCCAACUUUUACAGCUCAGAGGCAAAAGCUGUAAGGGAUAACUUUAAAGCAUUUUUCAUGUCCGAUGUUGGUGCCGUUAACUGGCAACAUCGUUUUGUGUAGAUAUUGUUUAUGUACAAUUGAAAGAAUAAAAAAUAAUGUAAUAAAACAAACAUUUAUUAAACAUAACAUAAUAAAACAAACAUUUGGUUGGUUGGUUGGUUAGUUAAUUUUUAUUGGCACAAAAGCCAUGCAGGCUAUACUGCGCCACAACACAAGGUAUCAUUGAGUGUAUAAAAUAAAUAGAAAAACACAUAUAUACAAGAACAAUUUAACCAUUAAAAAGCCAAUGGUAGUAUAUAUAUAAAAUCUAAAAUA